AUGUCGAUGCCAACAAUAGAAGUUGAUCAAGAUUAUAUGCGUGAUAAUGAUACUUACCAUAUUGAUUCUCGUUUAUAUAUAUUAGUAACGGCUUGUAUAUGGACUGUAUUGAUGUCAACGAUUGUAUUUGGUAGCGUUGGAAAUAUUCUUGUUUUAUACGUCUAUUCAAAUAGAAAAGAUAGUAAAACAUGUACAUUAUUCAUUAAAGUAUUAGCAGUUGUUGAUUUAACAAUUUGUAUUGUCAUAGCUCCAUUGGAAUUAUAUCAGACAAUGCAAGGCAUAUAUACCGAAUUUUUAUGCAAAGUUUAUGCAUUUUUAUCCACACAUGUAUUAUAUUCAACAUUUUUAAUAACAAUAAUUGCAUUUGAUCGCUAUUUUUGUAUAUGUUGGCCAUUAUAUAAAAUCAUUACUAGAAAACCUAUCAUACCAAUGUCUGAGUAUUCGACAAUUGAACAUCAUCUUCAAAUACAUGCAAAUGAUUCUCAUAUUGGAGAAAAUUAUGUAAAUGUGGAACUACAUAAACGAAUCAUCGAUCAAACAACGGUUUUAGCAAAUACUACUCAUGUCAAAUGUUCGCCAAGAUUUAGUUACUCGUUGUUAACAUCAUUUGCCUAUAUUCAAGCAUAUCGAAGAUUUCAUUCAGGUAUAUUUGCCGCUUGUACAUUACUCGUAUUAAUGUUAUACGGACUCAUAUAUCGAGCUGUUUAUCAGCGUCGUUGUCAACGAACAAGAAAAUUAUCACAAUACAGGCGUAUCAUUCGUAGUUAUAUAAUUAAUGAUGAAAUAGAUAAACAUCAAAUCAAAAUUCGACGCUAUAGCUCAUCACCAUCAACACUUACAUUAUUAUGCUGUUAUUGUUGUCGGAAUAGUAAUGAUAUUAUACACGAUUUUCAACGUGAUCGUUUACCAUCACAUUAUGAACCAUCACAAAUGUUGAUGGGAAAUCGACAUCAUCACAUGGAGCAUUCUUUAGUUGAUAUGAACGAUAUGAGAAAUGGUUUAAAAUCGAAUAAAAUUGUACUGGAAGUUAAUGGCGCAAGAGGAAAACGCUAUAGUACAAUAAGUACAACAAGUAUGACGUAUUUGACCAGUGGUGUGUGGGAUGACUCGUCAACAGUACGCUCAAGAAUCAAUUCAAUAGCUGCCACAAGCUACUGUGGUGAACACAGUUCCAGCCGUCCAUCGACAUCAACAGAAGAUUCGUUAGAUCAUUCUCAUCUUUCAUUGUCCUACAGACCCACAUCACCACCACCACCACCACCACCUCCACCGCCUACAGCACAAAUGCAUCUGACAAUACCAACAUUCAGCGGGCUAUCGACGUCAUCCGCACGUGGAAUUACGACAACAACAUUGGAAAAUAUUCAAAAAUGCAAUAUUAACAUAACUAUAACAGAAUUUGCAGAUAUAACGGAAGCUGAUGAAGCAAAUGAAGAUAAUGAUAGUACAUCAUGUACAACUAGUGAAGCAACAAUACCAAGAAGUAUUACACAAAGUAUUGCCCAGCAGGCAGCACCACCAUUCCCAUUAUCAACUGUUCGUAAAGCGAGCAAUCUAGCAUUAAAACGAACAUCGGAUGCAUCAGUAUUUUCCAAUCAAUUAACGACAAAUACACUGGAAUCAAGAAUAUCUCAACAACCAAGAAAAGUUUCAUUCGUGAAUCCUGUCAGUAAAUCUUCAAGUGACGUACCUCAACAACAAUAUCCUAUAAUGAUCACAUCGCCAUCAAAAAACAGUUUAUGUGUAACCACAAGUAAUCCGAUGAACAAUUUAUUAACUGCUGACGAUAGUCGAAAAACAUCAGUAUCAUCUCGGCGUCCAUCAACAUUUGACUGUGAAACUCAACGAAUGUUAGAACGUCAACAGACUCAAGAACGUCUUUCAAAUAUUCGUACAACAUUGACUUUGUUUAUUGUUACAGCAACAUUUAUUUUAAUGUAUUCACCAUCCAUAAUUCAUACACUUUUUGAUAUUAAACCACAUAUAUUUCGUGAAGUCUUAUGGCUAUUAUUUUAUGUGAACAGUGCUGCUAAUCCACUUAUAUAUAGUUUUUUUAAUGUUAAUUUUCGAAAUGAUAUUAAACGGAUUUACGAAUGUAGAAGACGACAGCACAUGGCAAGAAACAACUGA